AUGGAAUACCGUCGCAAGAACGAUGAGCCCUCGUCCGCUCUCCAGCGCCUAGGUCGCUGGUUUCGCCUCAAGCAGUACCAGGUCGAGGUCACCUUUGCCGUCUACAUGUUCACACCCACCGAGAAGUUCGUCUUCUGGUCCGUCGUGUUCCUGCUCUUUUCCAUGACCACCAUUGCCGCCGCCCUGUACCUCCCUCAGCACAUCGCCUUCCUCAUCGGCCGUGCCUGGUUCUACGUCAACGGCAGAGACGGCAGCGCCGCCGCUUCCAAUGUCUUCGCCCACGUCAACAAGGACGCUCUGUCGCUCUCUGUCGCGUCGCUAGGGGAGGCCACCGCAAAGGCAGCAGCCGCAGCAACCAAGACCGUGGGGAGCACCUUUCGAGAGCUGUGA